AUGGCGCAUAGCGAUGAUUCGCAAAACGAAAGGGAAGAAGCGAAUUACAACACCAUUUUGUAUGAACAGAACCUAAAGGACGAAAUAGACUACUACGCGGAAGAGUUACCCCACAUAAACUUUUAUUUGAAAUUCCAAAGAAAGAACUUUUUGCAGGAGUUCCUACAGGAGGUUCUGGUGUUGCCAAGUGGGAUCAGAUCGGAUGGGGAUCAGGCAGGGCAAAGGGAAGGCACAGCUAUUACCGUGGAUGAAAGCAAGGAGGUGGCCAUCCAGGUGGAGGAAAGGGAAGACACGACUAUCCUGAUAGGGGAAAGCAAAGACACUACUACCCCCGGGGAGGGAAGUGCCCGCGAUAAUGCAAUUCGGCGAGAUGUGGAAAUAGAGGAGGUUUUGAAUGACGGGGGUUUUUACGUGGAGGACGACUCCGGGGGGGAGGAACCCCCAUACGGAGAACCCCUUUUGGAGAAACCGCUCUUAGAGCAGCCAUAUUUUGUACCGACCCCAGAACAUCACUACGAAGAUGGCAACCUGAGGGAUAACCUACUGAGGCUAACAGAAGGAAGUGGCGUCUGCAGUGGCAAAAGCGAUCUAACCCACCUGAACGAAAGCGAUGAAACCAUAAAAUAUAUAAAUGAUAUUUUUCAAAAAAACAAGCAUAAAUUCCUGUUCAGCGUGGAGCGGCAAAUAGAAAAUAAAGAAGAGCUUAUUCUACAAGAAUAUUGCUUUUUAUGUAAUAAAAAAAAGAAAUUAAACAAACCCCUAUGUGCAGUAAACAUAUACAUAUGCUACGAUUGUAAAGUGCAGGAUAGUAACUUCAAGAUGAUAUCCCUAAGCAAGUUGGUAAGGAAAUAUUGCCUGAACAAUUAUGAUUUGUCCAAGUACGAAAAGCAGCUAGCUCUUUUAUGUACGAAGAACCCACGUGGAUACUCCAAACAAAUGAAGCUAUACUUUGUUUUUCAAAUAAAAGAAAUUGCUAUACGCAAGCAUGGAUCCAUGGAAAAAGUGAAAGAGAUGUAUACGUCGAAAAUGUUAAAGGCAUUUAGGAAUACACAACGAACUGUUCAGUCGUCGAAGAAACGGAAGAACCUACACAGGAUGAUCAAACCUCAGACCAUUUACAGCAAGAAGGUUAAAAAGGCGGAGGAGGAAAAAAUUAUUUGCGAUAACAGUGAACACGAGUUCGACUCCCCAACGUGUACCAACAUGGAGGAUUCCCUUUACGUGAAGAAGUGCAGGAAGUGCGCCUACCAGGUGGAGUACAUGCAGUUCUGA